GUGAGGUUUUUCAUCUUAAGAGCCUCCGUCAAAGCCGUCAAAUAGCAAGUACAGCAAAGACCAAAGGCAAAGGUGUCAGAAGUAGAGCAAAGCUUUGACAUUAACUCGCUUAAAACUGUUCCAAAUUUAGAAAGUUGCCAGUUCAUUUCUAUUAGAGGAAGUUAUAGCUGAAAAAAUUUAAAGAAGAAAUCAAGACGGAAAACGAAAACGGAAUCAAAUAAUUGGAACGUUUUUAAACGGAAAUAUUACUAAACAGAAAUAAAAGAAUUGAUUAUCAGGCAUCGUGCAUUAAGUGAAUUCAAACCAACAUUGUUUCGAACAGUUUAAAUAUAAAUGAGGCGAAAAGUUUUGCAACGAAGUGCGGUGACAAAAUAAGGAGUAUUCAAGAUUUUAUUCCAGUUAAACUAUAUAUACUUUGAACAUAAAAAGAAGAAGACACAAUAUCAGUUAUAUCACCUAAAAUUGCCCUAUUUCGUCGAAGUUUGUUCGUGUGCAUAUACAAAGCUAGGUUUAAAGAAGUCAUUACGAGGUAUUUAAAGAAAGCUCGCUAAUUCCUUAUACAAACUUUGAAUCGUUGAAACAAAGCGGUGACUUUGACGGUAUUACAAAGUUUGUUUUCGAAUUGUUGCCGUCGAAACUGGGCCACGGAACAUUGGAAGAGAUCGAGUUAAUACUGCCUCUGUAUAUAAUCAUGGCCCAGGCCGUUCUUUCCGUUUUUCUCGCCGUCAUAGCCGUGCUUGCGCUAUUAUUUGGGAACACUCUUGUGGUAAUAAUGUUUAUAAAGAACCGCCAAUGGCUAAAGAAAGCUCACACGUGCCUCCUGCUUGCCUUGGCAAUCCAGGACAUCAUGACAACGAUUGGGCUGUUGGUGCUACCUGGAUUUGUGCUAGAUCUCGAAGUGUAUAGUCCGCCUGACGGACAAGCAGCGAGUCAGGUAUUCUGUAGCGUGAUAUGGUCCGGCUACAUACCGUUCUCGUUGGCGAUCACUUCGGUAUAUACCUGCGUGAUGCUGACGAUCGAUCGCUGGUUUGCCGCCUUGAAACCAAUGUCCUACAGGCGAUACAGCAACUCGGCGAAGGUCAUCGCGACGAUGCUGAUCUUCCCCUGGGUUGCCGGUUUCGGCUUGGAAGUAACCGCCGUACUGAAUGUGCGCUCGGACGAGGUCGAUGGUGCGUUUGUCUGCAGUUGGAGGCAGACAGAGAACUCUUCCAGGAAAACAACAAUCGCUUUGGUAACCUUCUUCGGCCUGAUCAUGGUACCAGCCAUAAUGAUAACCAUCGCUUACACGAUGAUAAUCAUCAAACUUAGACGCUCAUCGAAUAAAGUUAGGCCGGCCAAUGGAGGCCUUAAUCGCGCCAGGAAUCAGAGUCUCGGAGCAAAUUCUACAGAAUCAUUCGCCCAUUUAAGGAGGCUCAACCGCGUCGCUUGUGCCGCGUCCACGAUAGUGAUCGUGUGCUGGCUGCCGAACCAACUGUACUACUGCCUGUUCCAACUAGAGGUGGUCGAGAUUGGCACGCCCUCGCACGAUUUUUUGGUUAUUCUAGCCUUUAUGAACACAGUAUUGAAUCCUUUAUUGUACAGUUUUUCCAACAAACAGUACAGGGAAGAGUUCAAGCUUAUACUGUGUUGCAAAUAUGGUCGCCAAUCACAAGAGUCGAAUUUUGAAGAGACCGCCGUCGAUCAUAAUUUGGAAGGAGCGGCAUAAUUUUAGCAAGUUUCAUGUAUGAAAGGUAAUGGAAAGCACAGAAGAAGCCUUGAACUAAACAACGUAAAGCGAAAGAAAUUAGAACAAAGAAUUUUAACUUGUCUUCCGGCGGUCAAACGCAUGGAACAGAUUUGUCAAAAGUUGCAACUGGGUACAAAGUUAUCACCCCUAUGUGCAUGCAUGAUUAACGAAAAAAUUAUUCACAGAGCUUAAAAAAUUAGGUUUCCCAGUGCUGCGUUUAUUGAUGUAGAUUGCAUGCAUGCAUAAAUUACAUAACAGAGCUAAAAAAAACAUCGGAGGGCAUCGUAAGCCGGAAAGAUUCAUUUACUAAAAAUACGAAAACUUUGGAGGGACUCGAGACUGAAGCUUCGAUGAGAUAUAACGGUCAAAUUCGAAUAUCAGUUAUCAAGUUUCCUCCACAUUUGACAUGUGUCAUAAAUAGUAAACUAUACAGACAAAGAAUAAAUGUAAUGAUUGUGUAUA